AUGGCGGGAAUCCUACAUCCGACCCCAGACCUUGAGAUGCGGAUGGAGUGUUCCGUACAUUCCUGCCUAGAUGAAGAUGAUGAAUCAUCGAAGACCAAAUUCGACGCCCAGAGAAAGCGCUACUUUGAUGGAACCACUCGUGGAGUUGAAUGCUGGGAAGAGCUACACAUGAGGUACACUCCUCCACCGCUGGUUCUGUGA